AGCAAGAAAAAGCUCUAAGUUUCACCAUGGACAUUCGUGGCAGUGUUUAGGACAGAGAAACGUUGAUAAUCUGCUUUUACCAGUCCCAUAAAGUCGAUUGCGCUAGCACCCUUUGCUGCGUAUUAGAAGGGGAUGCUGCCUUCGGAGACUGGGUCAGUCAAGACUUCAUAAGUUUCGCUGUGCAUACGUUGCAAACAGGCUUCCACAUGAACUGUGAUCCUGGCAAGAACCAUUUGACAAAUGAAAUAUUUGCGACGUGGAUGUGGUUCCACUCAUGUUCCCCGGCGUGGCAGAUGUUGUGUGCAGUCCUGAGGUGAGAAGGAGAGACAUGGUGAGAUGGAAUAUACUAGUGAGUGUCAUCCACCCUGGCAAACUACUAGGGCAUUGCCUCAGCAUCUGAGAAGAGUAUGAACCGGAGGAAUGGCAACAAGGUGGCAGGGGACUGUGACAGCUUCCAGAUGGAGAGCAAGGCCCCGGAGCAGGCACCCAGCAUGGAGCAGAAGAAUGGCGAGAUCAUGGACUCUGAGGAGGUGGAGAAUGGCAAAUCUGAACCCAUAAACCCUCUGGCUAUGGAUGGGACCGUCACUGCACCUGACGGGGGUUGGGGCUGGGUGGUGCUGGUGGCCACCAUCCUGGUGCUCGCCUUGACUCUGGCCUUCCCCUCCUGCAUGGGCAUCUUCUACACGGACCUACAAACAGAGUUCCAGGCCAGCAACCAAGAGACCUCCUGGGUGCCUUCUAUAAUGACAUCGGUGCUUCAUGCUGGAGGUCCAUUCUGCAGUGUAUUGGUGGAGAGGUUUGGUUGCCGGGCGACGGUGAUGCUGGGCGGGGUCCUGAGUGGGCUUGGAAUGGUGGCCAGCUCGUUCACCCACACCAUCACUGAGCUCUACGUCACAGCUGGGAUUAUCACAGGACUUGGAUUCUGCUUCAGCUUCCAGCCUGCAGUGACUAUCCUCGGGCACUAUUUUGUACGGCGACGGGCUUUCGCCAACGCCAUGUCGUCCACGGGCACGGCUCUGGGCCUGUGCACUCUGCCCCUCCUGGGCAACUACCUCCACACUGAGCUGGGCUGGCGUGGGAGUUUCCUGGUGCUGGGGGCUGUCUUGCUUAACUGCUGCGUAUGCGGAGCUGUGAUGAGGCCCCUGGGGGGCCCCAGACACCGUGGCCAGCCCCUGAUAAACCACAGGCCUCUUCAGCUGAAGGAGGAGAAGCUAAAGGGGAGAAUGAGGGCCUUGUGGGCCGGUCUGAUGACUGCCCUGCGUCGUCACAUGGCCUUUGAUCUCUUAUGUAACAACCUGCGCUACCGUAUGUAUGCUGUGGGCAUCACCUGGAUGAUGCUAGGCUUCGUGGUGCCGCUGAUCUACUUGGUUCCCUACGCCACGGCCCACGACAUGGAGCAGAGCCAGGCCGCCCUCCUCCUCUCCAUCCUGGGUAUCGUUAACAUCGUGGUGCGGCCUCCUAUCGGCCUGCUCUUCAGCCUGCCCUGGUUCAAGGGGUGCCACACCUAUGUGUUCUCUGCUGCUCUGCUGGUGAAUGGGCUGAGUAAUAGUAUCUGCUGCAUCGAUGCCAGCUUCCCCGUGCUGCUGGCGUACGUGGUGACCUACGGCCUGUCCAUGAGCGUGGUGGGCUCGCUGAUGUUCACCGUCCUCAUGGAUACGUUGGACAUGAGUCGAUUCCCCGCUGCCCUGGGCCUGCUCGCCAUCAUGGAGAGUGUCACGCUGCUGAUCGGUCCCCCGCUCGCAGGAAUCCUGGUGGACAGAACAGGGGAGUAUUUCUACGUCUUCUUUGUCUGCAGUGCCACUGUUGCCUCAUCGGCUGUAUUCCUCAUGGUGUCUUUCUACUGGCUGGACAGAAGGGACAGGAGGGCGCUAAAGGGGCAGCAGGUGCCACCCCAGGUCCCCCCACCAAAGCCUGCCAGUGGUAACAAUUUGAUCCCCCAGUGCCAGUACCGCAGUGUGCCCACAGAGGGGGACAAAGACAAGGCCCCAGACUCCGAGACGGGGGACGUCACCCGCCUGUGAACAUCGUCACUGUCCAAACACACAAACCAAACUCACAGAUGUGUACUUCCCGCGAUUCUGUAUAUCGAUUGUAUAUCCUGUGUUGCUAAUAUUAAAGUAGAAGUGUAUGAUAAUUUAUAUCCCAAUCUGUUCUGACAUUCCAUUUAAUCAUAGUAUACACACUCUUGACUGUUAGAGUAUUGAUUGCAAAGGGGUUGAGUAUUUCAUCCAAUGGGUGAAUAUUACAUAUAGUAUAGACGUGGAUUAUUCAUUGUUAUUACAGUCUACACUGUUUAUGCAGACUAGAAAAUACUGUUACUGGUGAUUGAAUGCAGUACUUUUUCACACAUGCCAUAAACCUUAAACCAGUGCCUUUUCCCUCACACCCUGUUGCACGUACAAGAAGACAUGCCACCUUAAGAAUCACUCACCACCCUUCAAAAAGCAAUGACUGUGCAAAAGACACAGGGCCUUUGUACAGACAAUCAAGCAAAAUAAACAUAUUCAAUUUCCUAUACAUACUACACCAGAAGAAACCUCAACUGAAUGAUAAGUACUGUACCAGUUUAUUUCAAUAUCAAUGACUGAUAUCAUUGAUUGAGCAUACCAAUGUCAAACUCUUAAUCUCAAGGAAUCUUACAUUUUUUGGCCCUAAACACAUUUGUUUAUGAUUAUUUUCAUGUCUUGAUAUGUUAAUUAGUUAGACAACUAUCAGUAGCCUACUGAGAAUGGCUUGUGUAAAAGUACAGGAUGAGUCACUAGGACAUGGGUGCUUUCCAUUGUCAAAGACUGAAGCAAGUACUGUAGCUGUUAGAGAUUUAUGUUACUACUCUACCUAUGAGUAUUUCAAGUAUGGACUGUAAUUCAUCACAAGAUUACUCUAAGGAACAUACAGUCGCAUAUGUGGCAACAUACUUUAGGCCAGGGUUUCCCAAACUCGUUACUGGGCCCCUCCCCUGGGUGCACGUUUGUUUUUUUGCCCAAGCACUACACAGUUGAUUCAAAUAAUCAAAACUCGAUGAUGAGUUGAUUAUUUGAAUCAGCUGUGUAGUGCUGGGGGAAAAAAACAAAACGUGGACCCAGAGGGGGCCCCAGGACCGAGUUUGGGAAACCCUGCUUAAAGCUAUGGCUCCCUUGCAAUAGGAAUAUGAAUAUAUAUUUUUAUAUAAAGGGCUAUUGUUUCUUGCACUGGGGCCAAAUAAUUAUUUUUUUCUUCUUCAUGUGAUUCAAUACAUUAUUUAUAUAAAAUAAUUAUGGAAAUUAUAAUAAAUGUAAUCCUAUAAAAAACAUGUUUUUUAUUGUGUGUUUAAAAGGGUGAUUAAUCGUUUCUCAUCAGGAAAUGUAGAUUGGCAAGUGGCAAUGGCAAAAUUGGCUAUUAUUUGUCACAUCUACUCCCGCUCCUUCCCUCUGGUGUUCGAUGUCGAUGGUCUACUAACCACCGGUCCUGGCAACCCAUCUUCACGCAUACUUGGCAACCACAAUUACGCAUACCUGUGUCUCAUCUGUCACACCUGGACUUCAGUACUCCCUGAUUACUUACCCUUCAUAUAGAACUCUUUUGUUGCUAGUCAUCAGGUAGUAUUGUUUGUGUUUCCAUGUCAAACACUGGUCUUGUUUUGUAUUGGUCCAUGGUUGUUGUUAUUAAACUCACUAACUGCAC